GGAGUGUGAGGACAACGGAAGAAAAAAAUAACUGUAAAACAACUGACAGAAAUAAUCAGUUCCUUUUUACAUUACUCCUUAUGUUUGAUUUCACAGUAAUUAGAUAACAUACGAAAAUGUUCGCUUCCCUUGCAUUUCUGAUCACUCUCUCAGUCAUGGCAAAGUGUGAAAGCAAUUCUGUAUGGCUGGAGCCUCAACAGUCUUCACAAUCUGAAAUGUAUAGUUUGAAGGACAGGUACCGCGAAGACAUACUGAGCAUACGGCCGAACAUCGUCUUCUGCUGUGCCUGCCAAGAGAUUAUAAGAAAGGCUAAGACAUUAAUCUAUACUAAAAUACAAAAGUCAAACAGAGAUUUAAAGAGGGACCUUCUGCAGCUCAAUACUUAUGUGGCUUUGUUCAGAUUUACCCCGCAAGACAGCCAAGACCUGGAAAUGAGACCUGGGGAUCGAAUAAUCGUGGCUGAUGAUUCUAAUGACGACUGGUGGAAGGGAGUGAUCGACGACAGAAUAGGUUUUUUCCCAGUGUCAUAUACACAACAGGUGAAGGCAGGCGACAGGGUGUUCAGAUGUAACCGGACCUUUAUUGGCUGUAAAGAACAAGGGCAGAUCACCCUAAAGGAGGGGCAAAUUUGUGUCAGCAGUGAGGAUGAAAGCAACGGCUUCAUCAGUGUAGCCAGUGGGAAGAAGAGAGGAUUCGUGCCCUGUGAUGUCCUGGAGAAUAAAUGAAGUGUAGUUGAAGCCUGAUGUGGAAGUAGAUGAGAAGGUUAUGGAAAACAAAGGGACUUUUCAAGGUCAUGGCUCGACCGCUGCCUCUGUGACUGUUGGGGUUCAGGAGAAACAUGUACCAAGAAGAUUCAUGGAUUUGUCUAGUGUAACCACACACACACACAUACGCUCAGGUGGGAUCAGAACGCUCAUGUUCUAACCCUUUUUCCUUCAAAGGAAACUGACAAAAGAAGGAAUUGUGCGUGUUUGUCAUGAACCGUCCGUCUUUUGGUUAUUUUUCUUCGUUUGAGAGAAUUUGUGCUUACUGUAUUUAAUUUAUUGAAGGUUAGUCUAGACUAGAGGGUCAUGUACUGCAGCAGUUUUCAUUACAAACUGUUUACUGUAGCAACAAAACUCAUUUGGCCUGUUUUGAAAUAUCCUAAAUUGCAAAGUAAAACAUUAAACGCUUUAAAGUCUGAUAACAUGUCUUAUUGAUCUAAUGUAUGUUAGCUGUUGUUUUCAAUAAAUGUGCAGAAGGUUUUUUGGUAACUGCCUAUUUUGCUGCUGUCAGCGACACUUGAGAAGAUUCAUUAAACCUGUGUUUGCAGAGCACGGUGCUCCACCCGUGCUGUGAUGAAAAGAAAUACACGAGAGCAAUGAACAGAUCUCAGCUGUGUCAAGAUUCGGAGUGUUUUCAGAUGUUUCAUUAUGCCACAAAGGCUUUUAAUUCAAAGCAGGAGCUGUAGGAAAAGACAUGCUUUCUUUUGCUGGAGCUUUGACUAAUGUCAUCAAACACAACAUGCCAAGAUAUAGGAAAGACUUAUAUAUUUAAUGGUCUUCAAUGUCACCGCUAUCUUGAUUUGUUUUUAUGAUAUGACCUGUCAUGUUAUAAUUAAGUUAACCAAACAUUAUCUUAUAUUAUUUUAGGGAUGCAAAAUCAUUUUGAAGUUUGCAUUAUUAAUAUUAAUAAGUAAUUGAAGCACACUGAAGAAACUUUCUGUUGCUGCAUAUGCUGUAUGUAUGGUAGAUAAUUAUGUGAUAUAGACCAUUUUGGAAGAUGUAAACUGGUCCGGAAGCAUGUUUAGUUUUCAUUUUUUAAACUACCCAAACAUAAGAAUACAAUACAACCAGCAGAGCACGUAGAACUGAAUCUUAAUUGAAUGAUAUAUGUGAAUAAAAAAAGAAAAAAAGAAGUGCUUCUGGACAAGGGUUGUUAAUGUCUUGCAAAAUAGUCUAUGCUGCACUAGUAAGGUAUGUCUGGAUGAAGAUUUUGUUUCGUCUUUACAGUAAAGAUUCUAAUUGAAUGUUUUUUUAGUCAUGAAAGUAUAGGCAUCAUGUCUGUUUAAAUGAUGCAUAAUCUUAAUAGAAUGUCUUGAAGAGCCAUAAAUUUACUCUUUAUAGUAAAUUUAUAUUAUUUUAACUUGAGAUAAAUGAAGUUGUCUAAUUUUUACAGCAUCAGCAAUGCUAUUACAGUGAAGAUAUUUUAUGUACAGAAUUAAAGUUUAUUUAUUGAUUUUUUGUGCUGUGCUCUUAUUACAGUUGUGUCACAUUAAUGGUA